AUGGCUCAUUCGCUAACCAUAACACCAGCGACGACUACAAGGCCUAUUUCAGCUAAAUCUAAGAAGACAUCUUCUGUUCAAUCUCUACGGUUUCAAAGAGUGAGGGCUUCCCAUGGAGAUUCCAAGCCAUUUUCGGAUAACAAGCUUUUCCAUCGCAGGACAAUGGCAUUGGGCUUGGCUGCUGCUCUGAUGGGUUUGAACAUCGGUGGCUGGAAUGCAAAUGCAGCAGCCAGAAGGCCACCACCUCCACCGCCAGAGGAGAGAAAGGACCCUAGCAUAAGUGGUUUGCAAGCAAAAAUACUAGCUAGCAAGAAGAGGAAAGAAGCUAUGAAAGAAGAAGUUGCCAAAUUAAGAGAGAAAGGAAAGGCAAUAAAUUAA